GUGCACUGGGGAGCUAAACAUGGCAAGAAGGAAAUGAUACGACUGGUGGCUGACAGAGGAGCAGAUGUUAACUCCAAAUCGCAAGGGGGUUAUACACCGCUCCACAUAGCUGCCAUGCACAACAAAGAGUCCAUCAUGCAGUUCCUCAUUCAGGAUUACCAUGCCGACGUCAACAUCCGGGACUACAGCGGCCGCAAAGCUCGCCACUACCUGAAGACGGGUGCCUCCUCCUACAUGCAACAAAUGCUCACAGGAACUCCACCAACAACUUCACCGCCUCGGAUCAAACUGAUGGCCUUGGCUGAGACUUCGCCCGAGAAGCAGCAUCACCACCAUCAUCAUCACCUCUCCAUGUUCACCUCCUUCCGUGAAACCAUCCGCAACUCCCUGCGCAUAUGGGGCUCAGCGGACAGCCUGGACGAACCAGACAAUGCCAAGUUGCAGCCGCCAAAGAACCGGAGAACCGGCGUCGAUUACCUUAUGCCACCCCCACCAGCACAGCCCAAAGUCCGUAGGCACACGGACAUCACUUCACCAAACAUAAGGAAUGACAUGAGAAAAAGUGAGUCUGAUCCCAACAUCGUGGAGUCAACUGAAACAAUGUUUGUAUAGAGACAAGUGAGAUUAUGCGUCUGGUACCCUGUACUUAUCACCCAAGGUAUCGGUUUGGUGAAGCCGUGUGGCAGCGAUUCCUGUGUCUACAUUGCUCCAUUACACAUCCUGACCUUUGACAAACAUGUACUGGGAUUGUCAUUAAGAGCAUAAAGACAUGUGGGCCUACAUUGUUCUAUCAGUUGGUCAUUUUCUACUCAAGAGAACUUUGGACCCCCUUGUAGUCAGCUUCUCACACAUCGAGUUUUCACGAGUAGUGUAUCCAGUUUCCAUUCAGGUCACAUGCUCCUCUAAUGAAACAAGGGCUUUCCUUCAAGAUCAAGACUAAAUUUUUCUCAAGAAUAGAAUUGAAACUGACAGAGAUUUUAAAUUGCUCAUAUUGAAGGCAUAAGUGUUAUUAUUUUCCUUGUGACUGUUUGAGUGGAGAGUUUGAUUACAAGAGGUGGAGAGUCAUGUCCAAAGUACUUAAACAGAGUUGCAGCUUUGGAGACAACUUUGGAAACUCUUUCAUUACAACGAAAUUUUGAUGAGUCUUUCUUGAACAAACUUUUAAUCGGAAUUUAAUGAAUUAGCUGCAGAAACUUUUGCAUCUAUUUUUAUAUUUUAAAUGCACAUGCUUGUAAAGAUGCCGGUAUCUAGUUUAGAGUGUUUACUCAUAGUUUGUAUAGUCUGGUAAUUCAUUUGUACUUGUAUAAAUGUACUUGUAUUCAAAUUCUAGUAGCCUCUUGCAUGGUCUCCUGUCUGCUGAAAAGAUAUGGUUAAAUGCCAAAGUUCAAAACAAGUCCACUGCUUCCUGCACAAGAAAAGUUUUCAUGCUGAUUACAUGGUGACAGGGCACUUGGAAUGUAGGUUUUCAAAUCUGAUUUCCAACUUCUAGAAACAACAUGAAAGGAUCUGGUUCAGCAGUGUUUCAAUGGUGCUACUUCGCUGGAUUUUUUCUCCAUGGUUUUUGAGGUAUUUUUGACCACAAAUGUCUGAAGUUUUUUUUGGCAAUUUUGUCUUUUUAGGUUCCACUGCUGUUAAAACUCUACGCAAAACGAAAACAAGCAGAAGAUUUACUGUAAGUUGGGAGAGUACUCAUGCUUUGUGAACUAUUAAAAGCCCCGAAAAAGUUACCACAGUUGACAGUUGUUACAAGUCUUCUAACGGAUAUUUCAUUAGAAAUACCUCUUGAUUUCAAAUCUUCAUCCGGGUUUAUCUUGUCCAGCAUAAUGACUUUGAUGGGAGACGUGUGCAACAUUACAUGUUUUCAUGACAGUGUCGGUGAAAAUUUCUCACAUUUAUGCUGCACUUUUAAGUCUAACAAUCUGACCAGGUUCAACCAAUCACAUCGUUAUCUUGUAUAGCGCCAUUAUGUAGCCUCCAUUUUUAACAGUAUAAGAAGUCUUGAUGUUUACUGACAUUUAAAGUAUGAUAUUGCAUAAUCAACGUUUUUAGCUUUCUGUCAGGUACAGCGUACAGACAUGUUGUAUUUCAAAUUGUAAAUAAGCCAUGUCAACGGCACGGCAACAAUAUUUAUUGGCCCAUUAACCAAAGCAGCAUCUGUGACAUUGAACUGGAACCAGAUUAGUACCAAGAUUCGUUCCUUUAACCUUUCAAGACUUCUUGGUAUGAAUUUAUCAAUAUCCGACACACUGCUGUUGUGGAAUGUCAAUAUUUUGAGUGCAGGGUGGUGACAAAAGUACAUUCUUUCAAUGACAGUAAAAAGUACUUAACUAACGAGCUCAGGUAUGAGAAUGACUUUUAAAUUUUUUUUUUCUUGCAGCUCUUUAAUUUCCAGUAUUUCUGUCCAAGUCACGAGUUUUACAGGUCUCACAUAUUUGUUAUUUGACACUUUUCUCCAAGUAAUGAGAGCUGAGCUCUGGCUUCCUGAAUCAUCAGUUAUAAACUUAUAAAAUCCUGUACACACACAAAAAAGAAACUUACAGAAAGUUUUUUUCCUGAGGAUUAUGUUAUUGUGUGACAAAUAUUUAUUUUCUACCAUCGGAUAAGUUUUAUUUUUCUUUUUUGGUAACUUGUUCAUUUCUAUUUUCAAAUUUUGUGUUUAAAAUUUGCUGUAUUUUUAGCAAUUUCCUAAAAGUUACAGAAACAGGAUUUUAAUUCAUUAUUCUAAAAGCCAGCAUUGCAAUUUGUCUUUUUUACCCAAAUUUAUUUUAAAUUCAUAGAGGGUCGCACAUUGUGAAAAAAAAAGCUUUGUCUUGCUUGAAAGGUUGGCUCUUCAAAAUGUGGUUGAAUAAGGGCUAUGCAUUUUGUCUAUGAGACUUGGGAAUUUAGUGAAUGUUCAGUAGAAUUUCUCAGGACACAUUUGCAGUUGUUGUGAUGGUAUUUCUGACAUGGAUUUUGUUGUGGUCAUACAUAGUGCUUCAAGGAUUUUAGUCAGACUGUCAUAAUUGUGAUCAAAUUUAUUGCCAAUUUGGGCUCUAUCUAAAGGAGCUUAUGUAUGCUACAUUCAGGAUUAAUACUUAUUCUUAGAAAUUGUUAAGAAAUAUUUAUCAGUGUACAACUUCCAGUGUGCUGUAAUUGCUCAUUAUGGGAAGCUUUACAGGCAGAUUUUGUUAUUUACAUGCACAAAGAGGCUUCACUUUGAAAAUGACAAAUGGAUGAUAAUGGACAGUAAUGGUGAAAAGGAAAGAAAGAAUUUUUGCCAGUUCUUUUUGGGUUACGUCAUUUAUAGAUGAUUUCCCGUAAUUGACAGCGGCGAUAUUUGUAGAGAACUUCCCAACAACGGUCGUUCGCUGGUAACUCACUGCAUGUUAGGGUAGCUUUGUAUUUAAUGCAGGCCCUGCUUAGCACAUGCAGUUAAUUUCUGCUUGAAUGUACGGUCCUAGUCUGGUUGAGAGACUUCUUACAAGAGUUUUCUUCGUUGCCGGUGAUGGUACAGCAACUUAUGUAUGGUUCAGUGGGUGAUUUGUUAUGAUCGGUUGAGUUUUUCAUUUGUGGAAUUGUAAAGGGUUUGAAAAAUCAAUUAAUUGCACACUUCAGAAAUUAUCUUGUUUGGCUUUUCUGUGCUAGGAAACAGCAUGUUUCCACUGCAUGAAACAUCUGCUGCAUGAUUUGUGAUCUAGGCACACAUUCAAUCUGUCAUAUUGUAGGCAACCUAUCCCACAAAGAAUUUUAAUGGAAAAGUUGAAAUGGAAACAUCACACCAGGAAACAUUCAUUCACUGUUUAUAAUUUAUCCUAACUUUUCAGAUCAAUUUCAAUGCUCCCUUGUCUAGAACAUUAAAGAUUUUAAAGCAUUUUAGAGUAGAUGUUAAAUAUAUAUAUAUAAGGAAACAGUUCUAUGUACACUUUGGUUCUAUGUACAUGUACACUUUGGUAUUUGGGGAAAAAAGAUAAAAAUACCUAAUAUUGGGAUCAAACAUGGACAUGCCUCAAGUACUGAAAUUUUUAGAAGUUUACAAGCAUCAUGUACAAAUAAAAUAUUGGUGGACGACAGU